AUGGCGGCUGAAUUUACCAGUUUGGAAGGUUGUUUGGAGAAACAUCUACCGCCCAAAGAACUAGAGGAAGUGAAAAGGAUUUUGUACGGAAAACCUGUCAGGUAACAUGCGUCUGUGAAUGUCUUUUAAAAGACCUACCCUGCGAGCAGAGGCUCUUCGAUCUUCUAAUAUAAGUCGGGAAGGUAAGUCCCCUCCACUUCCCGACUUAUCUAGGAAGAUCGAAGGACCUCUGCUCGCAGGGUAUUCAAGAUCUUGCUAGACAACAACAAAGUUGUUUAUUACACUGUAAUGAAGCUGAUCUUUGGCCCAAAAAAUCAAACUUAACUGGCUUAAUAUGAUUGCUCUCUUGCUGAGUAAAUCAAUCCAGUAUUAAAAGAGGGGGGGUAAAGGGGUUAUUGCGUGAUACGUGAUUAAGUGUUUUUAAUUUUCGUGAAAGGUGAAAAUACGAAAUUAAAACCUGUGAACUGUGACUGGUUUGCUUGUCGUGAUAUGUGAACUUUAAAAUCUUUUACUCGAUAUUCAUGAUUUGUCAGACAUCAGAUGUCAGAUGUCUGAUGUCAGAUGUCAGAUGUCUGAUGUCAGAUGUCAGACGUCUGAUGUCUGAUAUCAGACGUCUGAUUGUGAUGUCAGACGUCUGAUAACGGAUGUUUGAUAUCAGAUGUCUGAUGUCUGAUAUCAGAUGUCUGAUGUCAGAUGUCAGACGUCUGAUGUCUGAUGUCAGACGUCUGAUGAUGGAUGUUUGAUAUCAGACGUCUGUCAGACGUCUGAUGUCUGAUCUCAGACAUCUGAUGUCAGACAUCUGAUGUCUGAUAUCAAACAUAGGGACUCUCCCCUGAGACAAGGUCUGGAUAAGUUACAUAUGGUCCCUGAAAGUUCUUUGUAUACCUGACACAGAUCAUGUGUCAAGUGGUUGCUUAGGCUGGAUUGUCAAAAUUCAUACACUGUAUUAGUCUAGGAUAAAUUACAGAAUUCAGAGUAUUUGGGUUUAGAAUGGUCAGGGUAUAAUAAAUAUAGCAAAUUGAUCUGAAAGAAGAAUUAACUUUAGAAUUUCAUGAUUGAACACACUGAAAAAGAGUUUGUGGAUAUUGAUCAAGGCUCAUUUCAAAUGCUCUGGAAAGCUGCGGUAUUGAACACUCUAUUUCUCUUUUUAUCUAGUACACUGGAGUUGCCUACAGAAGCACUGAAAUUAGCAGAGGAAAAAAACUUUGAACUGGCAGGAUACAAGUUUGGUGUUCUGGAAGAGCAACUUCGCAAGCCUCGUAUAGUUAGGAUAGGAGCCGUACAGAAUAAAAUAGUUUUGCCUACAUCUGCACCACUUGCAAACCAGGUGACUCCAGUUUAAGAUGUACGUACGUACGUAUUUAGAUGUGCUCUACCCUGACUAUUUCCAAACAGACAUAAAGUUACCGAUAGCGCCUACUGUGUGUAGGCUGUAAAAAAAACACCUCUAUGUAGUUGUGAAAAACAAAAUGGCAUAUUUGUUUAACCUGUCUUUUGAAGGUAAAUUUUCUGUAGGACAUGCAAAACCAUGUAAAUUUCAAAAAGUUUGACGUAAACAACUACAACAGUUCAGGUUUCUGAGUCCAUUUAUGAAAGAAUCAAUAAGGAGAGUGGUUUUGAAAUUUAGCACAUUGCAGUUGUUAUUGGACACAAGGUUCCAUGAUAUUUUUCCUCUGUUUUAUAGCUAGCAGCACUUCAUGCAAGGAUAAAAGAAAUUACUGACGUGGCCGCUUUGUGUGGAGUAAAUGUGAUUUGCUUUCAAGAAUGUUGGAGUAAGUGGAUCAAUAAAUUAUUUUAGUUGCAUGUCAAAGCAUUGUGCUAACUAUUUUGUAUCUGAGUCAUGAGAGUUGAGAAUGUACUGUUAAUCUUAAAGAUCCAUUUUGCUAUUAAGGAACUAUUACAGGUCUUUUGAUAAUGCGAAAUUACAUGUACCGGUACUUAGUAAAAAUAAUAAUCUGUUUUCUGAUAACAGCAAUGCCAUUUGCCUUUUGCACUCGUGAGAAGCAUCCUUGGACAGAGUUUGCUGAGUCAGCUGUAGGUGGUCCCACAAUUAAACUUUGUCAGGAGGUAUGUAUAAAUAAAUCAGGUCAAAUCAGGGUAAAAUUUUUUAGCCUAGGUUGAUUCUCAAUCUCGUUUUUCUCCUGGCCUUGAUUAUUCACGAAUUAGGGCCAGGCAACAAAGGAAAUUGAGAAUCAACCUAGGUUAAAAAAUUUCAACUUGAAGUUUUUUUUGGCCUGUUACAUAUACAGCUGUUCAAUACUUGUCCCAUUUCUAUCAUAACUGAUUUUGUUUUAAACAUGAAUGAUAAAGACACAACUAUUUUUUUUAAAAGUGGUACCUAGUGGUAAUACACUCAUGUCUCUUACAAGUUUGACAGGUUCCUGCUUCUGACUAGAGCUGCAUUUGUUUACAUGACAAUUAAAGUAAAAUGUUUUUCCCACACAUGUUCUGGAUUGUUUUUUCAAGAACUUGAGCUGACACUGUAACGUAUGCAAUCAAUCAAUCAAUCAAUCAGUCAAUCAGUCAGUUAAUUACAAUGUGGGUGACUUUACUUACUUAUAAACUUGUACUUCACUGCGUUAAUAAGUAAGCUUUUUUUAAAUUUCUUUUUGUUUUGUUCAAGCUUGCCAAGCAACAUAAUAUGGUCAUUGUGUCACCAAUUCUGGAACGGGACACUGUUCAUCAAGACAGAAUCUUCAAUACUACAGGUAUUUAUGAACAUCUUUAAUCUUUAAUCAAAAAACAGUUGACCCCCCUCCCUGCCCCCAUGUGAGACAGACACCAACCACACCCAAAUUGUUACAGUUUGGUAGUAGGAGGGGAUUGUUUACAAAAGGUCCCAACUAUCCAACUAGUGUGCUUUCACUGGGAAACUGAAUCAUUAUUUUGGGUAGGUGGUAGCUUGACUUGAGAGGUCUUAAAAUUGUCUAAUGAUUCAGUUAGUAAAUGAAUGGAGCUGUAUUUUGAUCUAUUUUCACGGUAUUUUCAUUUCUGAUAGUUAGAAACAUGUUGACAUUGUUGCAUGUCUUGAGUUGCUGGAUGACUUAUUAUGUGUGUGUCCAUAUUCAGUUAUUAUUUCCAACAAUGGAUCAGUUUUGGGAAAAACAAGAAAAAAUCACAUUCCAAGAGUUGGAGAUUUCAAUGAGGUAAGGGUACUGAUAUUAAUAUCUCUUCUUGCCAACAACCCUUGUCUGCAGGCACUGAUGAGUUUUCCCCGUGCGGAAAAAAAAAUUCUGUUAUUUACCCUUGGUGGCGUUUAUAGAACUAAUGCAAGUGGGGCCAAGCAAAUUCUUGAAACACAUAAUUUAAAUCAAACAUAACAGGGUUAAGAAUCCCAACUGGCCAGAGGCAAACCAGUGGGCUAUUUACAGGAAUGGUCGAGGAUUUGAACUUGGGAGUACCAAGAACAAACCCAGCUAGUGGUCAGGGUGGGACUUAAACUCAGACCCUUCGAAUUGCAAAUCCAGUGCCCUAACUGCUCGGCCACUCUGCCUCCGAAGAAGGGUGGUAUUGUGUCAAAAGGAGCCACUGGAUGUGGCCAUAAAUACUCUAAUAAUCUUGAAUUAUUUACACUACAAAAAUGGCGAGGUUUUAGAGCAUUUAAUUGUGCUUGAACAUAGCGAAUAGCUGUGAUGAAAAUCUAUAGUAUUCAAUUACAUUUUUGGUUUAUUUUUAAAUUUUUAUUUGCCCUUGAGCAUGGUCAUACCAGUUGAGGACUUUUAAACAAAGGAACAUGAAAUUUGAAUUGGGGACAAAAUUAUUCUUUUGUCCAUUUACCAGCCAAAUAGUAAAACAUUUUUAGGUGUGCUUUCCAUUCAUCUUGAUUCUACGUUUACCUGUGAUGUCUCUCAAAUGGCCAGUAAAAUACAUUUUUAGAAAAAGUUGUUUUGAUUAAUUCUGUAAUGUUUGUGAUUUUAGUGCAUUUGCUUCUUUUUUACAGUCAACAUAUUAUAUGGAGGGCGAUUUGGGACACCCUGUUUUCCAGACACAAUUUGGUAUGAAUUUUUCUCAGUAAAAUGGUUAUUUGUUUUUUCAUCCAUUCAUCAACCCAGCCAUCCAUCCAUCUAUUUAUUUAUUUAUUCUACCCUGUCUUUCUUUCAUUCUUAUUGUUCCCUUCCUUCCUCCCCUUUCCUCUUUUAUCACCCUCAUGCCUUCACACCCUUAUCAUUCAUUCAUUUACUCCCUCAAACAUUGAUUUGUUAGUUCAUUCAGUUAUUAAUCAAUUAAUAUCCACUCCUCUCCUCCCUGCUAUCUUUCUCUUCUUACCUUCAUCCCUCUUCCCUUCCUUUCUCCUCUUUCCCUUUUUCCAUAUUCCUAUCUUCUUUGUUUCUCUUUCCUUUUUCUUGUCCCUACUUCCUUUCCUUACUUCAUUUUUCCCAUCUCUGGCCCCUUUUAUAUCCCCUUUGGCCAUAUUGCACUCACCUUAGCUCCCUCCGCCCUCCUUACUUCCCUUCCUUCUUCCUUUAUAAACCCAAUGCAAAAAUGGUUGCUGGAUUAACAUUCUUUUGUUUAAAUUAAAAUUAGCCUUACUAGCCUCUUUCUUCAGUACAAAAUUCAAAAGAAUUUAUGGAUCAAUUUAGCUUUCUGGGAAACUGCCCACCAACCCCUCCCCUAAGCUAACAUUAACACUUGCUUCUCACUUAGGGCAAAAUGAUGACUUAUGGGAGGGGUAGGUGGGCAGUUUCCCAGAACCUAAAUUGAUUUGAAUUUAUUAUUUCAAGCGAGGCUUAAGUCAUGCUAAUUUUAAUUUAAACAAAAGAAUAUUAAUCAAAUUUUUGCAUUAGGUCCAUUCCUUCCUCCUUUUUGUCUUCAUUCAGUCAUUCAGGCCUCCUUGUUCAUUUAGCCUUUCAUAAUCCAUAGCAGAGAGUGGUUCACUGACAUCACUGGAAAACGUUUUUUGUAGGCCGAAUUGCAGUGAAUAUUUGUUAUGGAAGGCAUCAUCCAUUGAAUUGGUUGAUGUAUGCUGUGAAUGGUGCUGAGAUCUGCUUCAAUCCAUCGGCCACUGUAGGAGCUCUCAGGUAGGACCUCUGACACCUUCAUUACUGUAAACCACACCCCUGAAUGGAAAGUUUGGGUUGUUUUCACAAUACUGACCAACGUGGGUUCCCAUCUCUUUCACUCCAUAAAAUAGGCCUUAUGAAGGUACUGCUAAAGAGGUUUUAUUUGAAUGUAUGGUCACACCCCAGAAUUUUUUCCACCCACCCAUAAGUUACAACCGUCCACCUUGUGAGACUCUAUCAUUAACUUUGCAGUUGACGACAUGGUUAUUUAAAGGGCCAUCUUUUUAUCUCUUUGAACAUCUCUUGCAGUUUUCGUAUUCUUGCAGUUUUCGUUUUCGUAAUCAUAUCUUUCAGUAACAAGGCGAAGUUCAAGACAUUCUAGUCUGUGCUAUCUCACUUCCAAUCUAACGUGGUCAAAUGGGUUUGCUGCCACUCUAGGCCCCUGUAAAUUUUAAGGAGAGCAAUUAUUGUUCUCCUUAAAAUUUAAAGUUAGGUUGCUUGUGUUGCCACAUACUGCCAGUCCUUCAACUUUUUCCUCCUACCAGCAGUUUUAGUUUCACUUUAAUUUCAGCGUCUGAAAUCUUAGUGUGACAGUUCUUCAUUAGAUACUACUCACAGGGCUGUCAUAGUUAUGCGGUACACUCGGCUGGAGUAGUUGGCUCCCCCAACCUUACAGGCAUCCUCCCACCAUCCCCAUCAACAAUCUAUUUUUGAUAUUUUCUUUUAUAUUGACAAAUAUUCUUUUUAAUUCUCUAGUGAACCAAUGUGGCCCAUUGAAGCUCGCUGUGCUGCCAUUGCUAACAACUACUUUACAGUAGCAAUUAACAGAAUUGGCACUGUGAGUAUUGUUGUUUUUUAAACACGUUGUAUAGUUUCUUUCACUGUAUACCACAGAUGGUAUGCAGUGAAUGUUUGAAGACAUUUUGCAAGAUAUCUAUUGAAUGGCGGUUUUUUAAAAGCUGAGAACGUUUCGUAACAAGCUAUGAUGACUCAAUAACAAGAGCACCAUGUUGAAUGCUUUUCUUGUAAAUGAUAAAGUUACUGAUUACCAUAUUGUCAUUUGCAGGAGGUUUUUGAACAUGAAUUUACAUCUGCUGAUGGAAAGCCAGGUAGCUACUCUUACUGACUUAACCCGUUGUUUCUAUUUGGUUCAACAACUGAAGAAUUCUUGUGCGCUUAUUGAUCAGGAGCUAUNUUCUUGUAAAUGAUAAAGUUACUGAUUACCAUAUUGUCAUUUGCAGGAGGUUUUUGAACAUGAAUUUACAUCUGCUGAUGGAAAGCCAGGUAGCUACUCUUACUGACUUAACCCGUUGUUUCUAUUUGGUUCAACAACUGAAGAAUUCUUGUGCGCUUAUUGAUCAGGAGCUAUUUUCUGCGAGAGUAUAGACUGACAAUGCAAACAGGGCAUUUAUUGUGCAGUGUAAGUGCCUUCCUCUGUGAAACACGUGAUUUUCAGAGCGACAUAAACAAUAAUUUGAACUGUCAUUUUUACGAACGAAUCAACAAGAAAUUUUCUAUUCCCCUCCCUCUUACAUAUAAGAGACUGUAAUGAUGCCAUGAGAUGUUCAAACUUUUGCAGGUUGAAAUAUUUUAGUGCGCAUGAGCCACAGCCUGAGAAAGCAGCCGACGUUUCGCGACGCCACUGCUGGUUUCCACGCGAAAUGUCGUCUAAGAAACGAGCGCAGAAAUUCCAUACGAUGACGCGUCACUACCCAGAUCUGGGUAGUGCUUCUGAUUGGCUGAAGCAAAUUUCCCAUGGCACGACCAAUCAGAAUCAAUACCAAGAUCUGGGUAGUGCCGCUUCUUCAGUAUGGAAUUUCUGCGCUCGUUUUUCAGCCGUCAUUUCGGGGGGGAACCAGUGGUGGCGUUGCGAAAUGAAGGCUGUUUUUUUCAGGCUAAGGAGCCAAGGAGACCCCGUUUUUUCACCCCGUUGUUGAAGUAUGUAAAACCAAGGUGUAUUGCUACCCCUCCCCCUCCUCUUCCCCCUCCCCCAAGUUGGGAUGCUAGUUCACUGCAGGGUUGCCUCUAGCAGUGUGUAUCGCCUGCACCGAUUUAUACACCUAGGUGAAGAAAGAUAGUGAAGCAAAGUCUUUGUUGAGGAAAGAAAGUGACCGUAAAAAUUCCGAUAUACAGAUCGAAGUUCAAGGUCUGGUGUUAACCGCUCGGCCGCCACGCCUCCACCACCUGCAGUCUCUAACUCCAGAAAUAACGGACGCAGUUACAGUCUUGUAGUUCCGUUAAGCACAUGGUCACAUCUACUGUAAAGUGCUGACAAAACUCUAUUGUUUUCUUUCUAUAGCGCACAGGGACUUUGGACAUUUCUACGGUAUGUUUUACUUAAACUCCUUACACACCGGAAGAAUCAUUAUUGCGAGUUUUAAACUAAGUUUGGCCCCUCUGAACUUUCGAUGCCAGUGAUUCCUUUCAUUUACUCCCUAGUAAUACAUCAAAGCAUAGCGCUAUUAUUUUGGUUUGCCAUUGGUAAUGUACAACGUUUUUGGCUCAAUGCUUUUUUCAGGUUCUUCUUAUGUUGCUGCUCCAGACGGCAGUCGUACUCCUGUAAGUUUACUUCUCAGUAAAUUACGCGCUAUAAGGAAAUCAAGCGAUUAGGAUAAUAACCUGCCUCGCAGGCACUGGAAAUAAGGAACGGAUUUUUACUCGCUUGAAGCGCGAGAUACGAGGAGAGAACGCGUAGCGUGAAGAGAGGAGGUAGAUGAGGAUCACUGCUUCCCGUUCCUUCGCACACCCGUCGCGUUUGCGCGCGCUCAAUUGUCCCCAUCCCCCUCAUUCAUACGCUGGCGACCAUGAUGACCAAGAAAGGCAAUUUAAAGAAUGGUGCGAAGUAGUAGUACUUGAUAUAAUGCCUUAGUACAUGUAUAUACAGUUCGGUACCUUUCCCCGUAAACAUUAAUAGCAAAUGUGAGUUUUGAUUUCUCUCCUUGAAUUAGAAAGCCGUCCCUACAAAUUCUGCUCGUGAAAGACUUAGCAGCAUGAAAAUUGCAUCAAUCUUAACGUCGAUCGUAAUAGCCAUCAUCAGACCUUCAGCUCAGUCAAACUUUCUAUUUCGAUUCAGGACGUAAGCGUCAGUUUUACUUCGUCAGUUUUAAUGCAACUGGCUCCGCGCUGGAGCUGAUUAUGGUCGGACGGGGUGGAGGAAGAGAGUAAGUUGUUCAUGAGUUAAAAAGAUGGUGAAGAAUUCGUAAAGCUCGCCCUCGCUUGUCUUGGAGUAAGCCUUCUUUUCAGAAACCUUUUCUCGCCGUCGAUUUUACAUUAGUGAUGUGCAACAAAUAGAUUAGCUAUACUGCACGGACCUUUCCCUCCUUAUAGUUAAAUAUAUUUUCUUUUUUCUUGUGCAGGGUUUGUCCAGAGUUAAUGAUGGCUUACUUGUGACCGAAGUAGACUUGAACAUGUGUAGACAGGUCAAAGACAAGUGGUGUUUUCAGGUCUGUACAGUGCUAUAGUCAGAGCUCUCUCUUUUCUCCUUUCUUUCCCCGCCCUUCGCUCUCGCGCGUCCUUCCACAUGCCCCUGUCGCGUGACUUCUCGUAUAUGCUUCACGUAUACGGCAAACGGCAAACGUCUGAUUCAAGGUAAGAAUUUCUUAAAAUAGUAAAUAAGCUGAUAAAAACAGCUCAAAACAAUUCUUAUGGAUAAAAAAUUGCGUGAAACUACUAAAUUAUGUGUAGAAAUAAUGAACCGUAAACGACAAGUAAAGUGGAAACUUGAUGACGUGGUACAAUUUCCCGUUUGCUGUUUGACGUAAACGUGAUGCUAAACCUAUUUUUAUCCAAUUUCUCAAAUUCUGCAGUCACAUUUUCUUAGUUAAUUAGGAGCGACAUCUGUAGAGCGCUGUUGCAAGAGGUAGAUAGCUAAUAUUUAAGGUGUGGUCAACUUGUGAGCGGAAGGAUGGUCUGAACUUGAUCUGUCAGCGAUCGACGAUACCACUCAGUAAAAAAAUUAAUGGGAAGGAGACGAGGUUGACCCCUUCGUCCGAGCCAACAGCUCUCGCGCAUGCUCUGACUGUCUCGCCAUGACCGAGUUCACCCGGCUGGGCGAGUCAAAGUGUUCACAUGGAAGAAACGUUGGUCACCCUUCUAGCCGAUAAGGGUUGGCCAAGUUUUUUAAGGUAAUGUAUCAAAAGGUGGCUCGCCUAGGGUAGCUCGGGCAGGCGGGUGACCCUCCCGCCCGGGGAAACCUUUUUUUAUUUAAACAGGGCCUAAGUUUAUUGUCAUUUCUUUAAUUUUCUUGUCAGAUGACGUCCCGUUUGGAUAUGUACGCUAAUUCGCUGACGGAGGCUGUGAAACCAGACUUUAAGCAGCAAAUUAUCCGCGAUGAGGCUUAA